AUGCCCCACCCCCCGUUCGCCCCAUCCCCCGUUCGCCCCAUCCCCCGUUCGCCCCAUCCCCCCUUCGCCCCAUCCCCCCUUCGCCCCAUUCUCCCUUCGCUGCUCUCCCCCUACGCCCCACUCCCUCCCCCCCUUCCUCCUUGGUGCCCCCCUCUCGCCCUCAUUCUCUCAGAAGCUUCUCCGACGCCCAAAAGAACCUUCUCCGAACUUUCAUCCGCUCCUUCAGCAGCACUGAAGGCACAGGUGAGAGAGUUGUUCAAGGCAGCAGCACUGAAGGCACAGGUGAGAGAGUUGUUCAAGGCAGCAGCACUGAAGGCACAGGUGAGAGAGUUGUUCAAGGCAGCAGCACUGAAGGCACAGGUGAGAGAGUUGUUCAAGGCAGCAGCACUGAAGGCACAGGAGCACCGCGUGAGGCGCCCCCUCAAGCUGCUGUUUGGGCUCAAGUCGAUUCGCCGGGUGGUGAAGACGCGGGUGAAGGCUGGCUCGUUUCCCCUUGACGAGGAUGGAGUGUACUUUGUGAUUGGCGAUGGGAGCGUUGCUCAGCGGGACAAUGAAGGAGCCAUGUGCAGCGAUUACUGCGGGUGGCACGACUUUGUGCGGAUUCGAAAGAAGCUUAUCAAAGUGGCUUAUGUGGGUAGCCCUGUCAAGUGCCCCAGCAGCUGUUGGCUCGCUGCCUUUGCCUUCAACGACAGCCCCAACAGCGAUAAGUCGUUUGACUCGCUGCUCUCCACCUUCGCGCACGAGCUGGCAGAGGCGACGAGUGACCCGUAUGUGACCAAUUGGUACGACGCAAUGGGGCAGGAGAACGCCGACAUUUGCGCCUGGAAUGGGGUGGGGGAAGUGGGGUGGGGGAAGUGGGGUGGGGGGAAGUGGGGUGGGGGAGGUGGGGUGGGGGAAGUGGGGUGGGGGAAGUGGGGUGGGGGAAGUGGGGUGGGGGAAGUGGGGUGGGGGGAAGUGGGGUGGGGGAGGUGGGGUGGGGGAAGUGGGGUGGGGGAAGUGGGGUGGGGGAAGUGGGGUGGGGGAAGUGGGGUGGGGGAAGUGGGGUGGGGGGAAGUGGGGUGGGGGAAGUGGGGUGGGGGAAGUGGGGUGGGGGGAGUGGGGUGGGAAGACGCGGUUCGAUUUGACUCGCUGCUCUUCACCUUCGCGCACGAGCUGGCAGAGGCGACGUGUGAUUCGUAUGUGCUGAAUUGGUACGACGCUGCUGGGCUGGGCAGGAGAACGCCGACCUAUGCGCCUGGAACCAGGACUGGCAGCCUCUCGUACACAUCAGAUGCUGCAGCGUCUAACGUGGAAGGCCUCAAGGGUGGUGGUGUGAAGGCUGUGAUGGUCCUGGUUGGACCAACCCUGGUCCAUGCAUCAAAUUCUCCAUCCUCUCGUUUCCUUUCAUUUCCUUUGAUUCGCAUUCUUCACUCAAAACCUGGCAGGACCGGCACCCUGUCCUACACAUCAGAUGCUGCAGCGUAUAACCUGGAGGGGGUGGCUGGGACCAAGUUCCUCAUCCAGCAGAACUAUGACCCGGUUCAACGAACCUGCGUUACCACCACUGCUGGUUGA